CUGCACCCGAGAUAAACAAGUAUUUACAUACCUAGCCUACCUAGGUAAAUAAGAAAAGAAUCAUCUCAGAAACACGACAGGAUACUGUCUUCCAUCGUAUCCUCUAUUUUGUAGUAAUAGCUAAUGUUUCAUGGUUUGUUGUUUGCUGUGCUUUGCUCGCUUCUCCUCGCCCCCCUCCACGCCGCUGCCUGUCCAUCGUCGUCUCCCUAACCGAUUAUUUACUUAACCAUCAUCCUUCACUCAAUCUCCCCCCUUUUCCACGCCACACAUCUGGAACUACCUCUCUUCUGCCUGUAGAUGGGAUAGGUAGAGAUAUUUAAAUCAACACACACACACACACACACACUCACUCACACACACAGAGAGAGAGAGAGACAGGGGGAGAGAGAGAGAGAGAGAGCGAUGCCUGCCCCUCUUCUUCUGUUGACUUGGGCUCUGUAGCUGUCAGUAUCGCGCCGUCGGAUCAUCUUGCGCAUCGCCCUGACACCAUGCUCAGCGCUUCAGUUGGCCAAUCCGUAUCUGUGACUGUGACUGUGCCUGCGCCUGAGCCUAGCUGCCGACAUCCACAGUCAACUCCUCCUCAGAAUCGGAAUCAGAAUCAGCAUCGUCAUCCUCGUCCGCAUCCACAUCCACAUCCCGCAAAUCCCAGCAAUACUGGAGGUUCCACCACUCUCAGCUCCACCACCUCCAUUGCGUCAACCUCGCAGUCACCCACGCCCUCGUCCUCGUCCUUUUCUCCUCCUUCGUCGACCGUUGCUCCUCCUGCUCCUCCCACUAACCCUAUUCCUCAUCCUAUCUCCUUCUCGUCAUCCUCCCGGUCUUCCCACUCUGCCGACGCCACCGUGAAUCCUGCGCCCGUACACUCUUUGCAGAAUGCCCCUUCACCUCCUCAGCCACCAGGGCCUCCUAUCUCAGCUGCGUCGAUGACAUCGCUUCCCAAUCCUCACCGCUUCCCCGAUCGCCAUCGGUCUGCCUACCGUCAGCAUUCUCCGCAGCAUAACCAAGGCUUUGAUCACGCCGGCAUUCCCUUAUCCAAUACACGCUCUGGCUUUGACAGCGAUAAUCCCUCCUCCCACUCGUCCCCUCGAUUACAGCCCACUUACCGUUCAUCUCUCUCCCUGGGGGGCUCUGAAGCAACCUCCCCGAGUCGCAUCCAGGUCCAUGAUCUUUCCCAUAUUCGCAGCUUUGCCAAUGAAGAAGUCCUCGCCUCCUCCAGACGCCUUCAGACCCAGGGCAGCAACGGUCGUUCUCAACAAGAUGUCGGCCGCCAGUACGAGAUUAGCUCCAUGCCAAUCACAGAUAUCAUUGAGAUGGUCGCCGGCCUGUUGACCAAGAUAACCACCACCAAUGACCAGCAGCACGAGCAUAUACAUCGCAACAUCCCGCCAACCGAUGGCGCAGGUGGCAUCAGUGCUCAAACCACCAGUGUGCUCGCUUUCCAUGGGAAAAAUGUCCCAAGCAUUACUAUCCUGAGCUACCUAAGUCGCAUACACAAGUACUGUCCAACCACUUACGAAGUCUUCCUUAGCUUACUCGUUUACUUCGACCGCAUGACUGAGAUGGUAAAUAAAGCCUUUAUCCAGAGCCUGCAGCAAAGGUCGGAUCAGCAUAGCAGCAGCCUGGCCCCACAUUCUUCGCCCUCCACGUCCAUCCCGUCUGGGGCUACUCCCAAUCGCCCCUCUACCCGUGGCUCUAUCGCAACACCCCCUUCUUCCGUCCAAAUGCGGGCGCGAGACAACGACCCGUCAUCCCCGUCACCGCCUUCCACUAUAUAUCAGGAGUUUAUCCCACCCUCGUCGAGCACUACCCCUGCCGCAUACGAAGAUGCAUACAGUCUCUCUCAUUACUUUGUUGUCGAUAGUUUCAACAUCCACCGUCUAGUCAUUGCCGGUGUGACCUGCGCAAGCAAAUUUUUUUCUGAUGUUUUCUACACCAAUUCUAGAUAUGCCAAGGUUGGCGGCCUUCCUCUCCUCGAGCUCAACCAUCUCGAACUUCAAUUCCUCCUUUUAAAUGAUUUUCGUCUUGCCAUUCCUGUUGAAGAGCUGGAAGCUUAUGGUACCAUGCUUGUUGAAUUCUACGCAAGAGAAGUGGUUGCGCAGCAACAGCAGCAACUACCCCAGCAGCCGCAGAAUCCCGGCGAUGGCCAAGACCACCCCUUCAGCACUACAGGCCACCGAGCAAAGGACGGUGCUUAUAUGGAACAGCGCCCUAGCCAAAGGGAGGGUAUCAUUCAAGCAAACGUUUCACAAACUCCGACCCCUCCAUAGGGUCUUUAUUGCCAUUGAAUUUUCUCUUCUUUUUUGUUUUUUCUGAUGAGAUUACAGCGCGGUGGAAGCAGUAGCAAAGGAAGUCGAAAUACCUGACGGGGACACGGAAAUAUAGAUAUCUUUUAUUCUUUCCUCUUUUCUUUCGAGUGCCAGGUGUUUGAUUCAAUUCCGGCCCAAGAUACCAUGAGAGUAGUUCAUUGUUACUUAAUUUUUCCGCCCUUUUCGUCUUGUUAUUUCCUGAACCUGAUUUUGCAUGUUGCGGCUGUGCUACUUUUCCCAUUUAUCACUGCAAUACUUUAUACUUAUUUUGUUUGAUGACGUUGUGGUUUGUUCGUCUGAUGUCAAUGUCGCUUGAGAUUUUGUCCCGAAGUUGGAUCGUAUUCCUCUAAUUUGCGUUUAUUUUUAAUUUUUACGAACGACUUCAUUAUUGGUGUUCAUGUACGAUAUUCUCUUUCUAACCUUCAUUCUGCCAUUUCUGUCCCUCUACUUGCGCCUCUCUUACACCAUGAUGGAUAUGAUUAAUGGGAGGGCAAUGAAGCGGGACGCAAAGCUACAUUUUCUUGUUCAACAUCGCCCGUCUCGGCUGAAGCAGGAGGUUCGCCCCCGACCCCUGUCCCACACCCCAAAUGGGCCGCCGCCGCAGCACACCCAUGUGACCCAUUCCAUUCACACUUAUGCACGUGGGCAUGCACACAUACAUCUCGCUCGAUGUUGGCUCAAUUUUCCACUCCCAAAACCUCAAUAUUAUUUAAUGACUACCGCAGAAAUAACUCACUUGCAACUGAAUAUUUUACCUGCCUCUUAUCAUACCGUGCCAUACCUUACAUAUAUAUUUUGCAUUUGCCUUGCUCUUUAACCCUGCACAACUUCAAUUUUGCCCUGAUAGCUAUACAAACAUACAUGUAUUUGUAGACUGGCCAGCGGGACUAUGAAUUUCACAUUUGAUCUCAUUUGAUCUGGUCUCAUACAUUUCUCGGUGUGAAUCCCACUGAGACUAGUCAUCAAAAAAACAUGCAAAGUGACUAUUAAUCAGAUCUCAAAAUGAGAUUAUAACUUAGAAAAAUUAAGAAAGUG